CCAGACAUCUCAAGGACAACUUCUCCAUCUUGCUGGCAUGAUCCCAGGCCCAGGAACCUACUCAUAGCCUGACUGACCCUUGACUAACCCCUUAUGUCAAAAUAUGAUUGGACACUGCUACCGCCCACCCUGCUCCCUCUCACUUUAUAGUUUCAUCUUUUAAAUAUGCUGUACAACGUCCCUUCAAGGUCAUAGUUCAGCUCCCAAGUCUGUUGUGCAGCCCUGAUCAGUCAGCACCAUCAUCUGCAUGGAUCUGGUGUUUGAAUUAUGUUGGAUUUACGUGGACCCCACAACACAGACUGGCAGGUUGAGAACAUGUUCUCUAUCCAAACUAUGGCAGGGGUAGAUAUUGUUAAUGACCAGAAAAGGGUAUAAGGGGGUUCUCUGGAAAAUUCCAGCUUCCUGCAACUGGAUGCGAAGGUUUCCAAUCUCCCACUGGCUGGGUUGGCAGGACAUUUUGGAAGACAGGACCUACCAUUGGCACCCAAGAUGCACACUUCCCUCUUCAGUCAGUGGGCUGAUUUGCAUGCUCUGUUGUGGCUCAAGAGGCUUCCCCGUGCCUGUACUACAAGCGCCCAGAGCCCAGCCCAGCAGAACCACUCUAGGACAACCUUCCUGCUUAUGGCUGUGGCCUGCCCUGGUUGCCUGCUUCUCCUGAUGGGAGCCUUCUUGGCAGUCUUUCAGCCAGCCCUGAUGGAGCCUGAUGCACUGCUGGUCUUCCCAGGCCAAGUAGCUCAGCUCAGCUGCACAAUCAAUUCCCAGCAUGCCACCGUGGGAGACACCGGCGUAUCCUGGUACCAGCAGCAGCCAGGCAGUGCGCCUCAUUUUCUGUAUUACCACUCCAAAGAGGAGCACUAUCGGCCGGAUGAUGUUCCGGACAGAUUCUCAGCUACCAUGGACAUGGCCCACAAUGCCUGUGUGCUGACCAUCAGCCCCGUGCAGCCGGAGGACGAUGCCCAUUACUUUUGUUCCAUCUACUAUAGCUCUGAACCCUAGGGCUGGAGUCCGGGAUGAAUGUCCUCCGUCUGUCUCCUCCUUCUCCUCCCUGAUCUGGAAUCCCCUCUUUUUCCUCCAAGUCUUAGUUUCCUUCCUCUGCAAAAAUGAGUUAAUAACAUUCAACAUGAUGACCACGAGAUCCUGGGUAAGAAAGUGACAAAUCAAGAGGACAUGGGGGUUGGGAUUCUGGUGGCUGCUGAAUAAAGAGGAAACACC